AUGAUAUUUGGUGUUGGCCUCCUUCAUAACGAGACAAUCGAGUCAUACACAUGGCUUCUACAAAAAUUUCUCCAAGCUCAUAACGGCAGACAACCUCUUUUGGUUCUAACCGAUCAAGAUUGUGCCAUGAAACAAGCAGUUAGCAACGUAUUCGACAAGUCGCAUCAUCAACUAUGUAUGUGGCAUAUAGUUCAAAAGAUACCAUCUAAGAUCAAGGGAGACAACUUGACAAAUAUCGAGAUAAAAGAGAAGUUUCACAAGCUUGUUUGGAACGUCUAUACCAAACCUGAAACAUUUGAGCACAGGUGGAAUUCAUUCAUCGCCGAAUAUGAGUUAGAGUCUCAUAAAUGGUUGACAGAGAUGUUUUCAAUUCGGGAGCAAUGGAUUCCAGGUUACUUUCGCGAAACACCCAUGUGCACUUUAAUGAAAACGACAUCCAGAUGCGAAAGUGCAAACCACAUGUUUAAAGCGGACUCGAGCGCACAUAAUACAGUGGUUCAAUUCAUGUUGUGUUAUGAUACGUCCAUCGAUGGGUUAAGAAACAAGCAACGGGAACUUUGCAAUCAUACUGAGACCACCAACCCAGAAAAAUACAAAACAAGCUACAGGAUUGAACGUCAUGCGAACGUCGUUUACACAAGGAAAAUUUUCUACGAGGUUCAAAAGGAAAUUUUCAAUGGUACAGAAUUUAGUUACAUUGCGGAACGGUCCCUGGUUGAUGGCAUUCAUUGUUUUACAGUUGCUCAUCUAGAUCACGAAAAGGAAGUUGUUAACGAGUUCAAGGCACUUAAAGAUAAGAUUUUCGCUGAAGUUCCAUAUGAUCUAGAAAUUAAUAGAAAUGGUGUAGCAAUUCAGGAAGUUAUUGCCAACACUGAACCGGACGAGAUCUCGUGUACGACACCAAAGAAAAUUCGUAACAAGGGUUGUAGGAAGCACAAAAGACCGAUUGGUCCGCGAGAAAAAGCAAUAAAAGCUGUCAAGAUGUCAAGAAGGAAAUGUAAUUAUUGUGGAAAACGAGUUAGAAAACACGACAAAAGGAAUUGCCCUUUAAAAAAAGGGAAGCCAACUAAGGAUGACUCGUCUACAGAUGAGGAUGAUGAGGAAGACGAAGAUGAGGAAGACAUGGAGAUAGAAUCGGACGAAACUGAUAGGGACGGCAAUGCUAGUGAUGAUUAG